AAUAAGCAAGCAUCCUCUCUUUCUUCCUUUCAUCAAGCCUUGUUUUUCACUCUUCCAUACAUAACUUCUCCAAUUUUGAUCCAAAGUACCCCAACCCUUUCCCUCUUUUCCUUGUUCUGGAACAAAUCACAAAUCACCCUAAACCCCCCAUCAAUGGAAAUCAGCUUAAGACUCCAAGACACAGAAAACCCAUCUUCCAUGAACUCUCCAAGAAGCAACCUCAACAACUGCAUGAACAACAACAAUAACAUUGGCAUCCAAAUCCCCACCACACCACCCCUCACUCCAAAAACCAUUACCAGAUCUGACUCAACCCCUUACCCUACCACCUUUGUUCAAGCUGACACAUCCACUUUCAAACAAGUAGUUCAAAUGCUCACUGGCUCAUCAGAAACCAAAAAACCACACACACAACAAGAUCCAAUUCCACAACCACCACCACCACCACCAACAACAACAACAACAUCAUCAUCAUCAUCUAGAAACUUCAACAUCCCACCAAUGAAAACAACACCAAAAAAACAACAAGGGUUCAAGCUCUAUGAAAGGAGGAACAAUAACCUCAAAAACACCCUCAUGAUCAACACCUUGAUGCCUAAUUUCGUGCACAAUAAUUCAGGGUUCUCACCCCACAAGCAAGAGAUCCUCUCCCCCAGCUUGCUUGAUUUCCCUUCCCUCACUCUUAGUCCUGUCACUCCAUUGAAUGAUGAUCCAUUUGACAAGUCCUCACCUUCACUGGGAAGCUCUUCAGAGGAAGAUAAAGCCAUAGCUGAAAAAGGGUUCUACUUGCAUCCUUCUCCUAUGUCAACUCCAAGAGAGUUUGAGCCUCAGCUCUUGCCUUUGUUCCCUAUGACUUCACCAAGAGUUUCUGAGUCACCUUCUUGAAGAGCCAAAGAGAUUAAUUGUUGUGUAUCAUCAUCAUCAGGCUAUGAUUUAGAUAAUGAUUAAUUGGUUUUCAUAUUUGAUUUUCAAUCAAAAGGAACAUAGCAUGCUCAAAUUGUAAACUUUGCUUCCUUAGAGUAGUACUAGUACUAUGACAAUAUCAUAAUUAGAUGAGUUUUUUUUUUCUCUCUUUAUUUGAAUCUGUAAAUUUUCUCUUCAUGUUCCAAUUUCUGUUACAAAAACCACAUAAUCUAAUGGAAUGAUCAUAACCCUGAGAGGGUGUCCCAAUUUAUGAUCAUGUGUCCCAAUUCAAUUUCACACCAACCGCUGAAGAGAAGUUAUGAAGUGACACAGAAGAAGGCAAAGGGAGGUCUAGGAAUCAAAUGAGGAAGAGUGCUUGGGACACAUUUUUACUGCACAACAGUGUUGUACUAAGGACUUAACCAUAUCCUAUGUCUCUCAUCAAAGAUGGCUGUACCCGAAAGAAAGGUGGGUGGGUCCAACUCAAUGAAGGUUGAGGGGGGUCCGUCUUCUUGGUUAUGCAGUUUUUAGUCUCAGUAGUUUU